AUGCACACCGCAAGCGUCAUUCCACUUUUGGUCUUGCGUCCCCUGGGCCUUGUCUGUCAUGCGUCGCCACACGUGCGUCCCCCCGGUGCCAAAUCCACAGCCAAGCAGCCGCGCUGCGAUACCUACAAGCUGGGAGUCAGCCAGGUGAGGCUGGCCAACGAUGUCUUGUUAUUUUAUUCAUUAGGACGGAAUGGACAGGCCACCGAAGACGUCCAAGGCUGCCAGCAUCCUUGCUCGAGCCUCCAGUCCAUGCUCACCGGGAAGCACGGCCUCAAGCUGUGUCACUCGCGCAUGUGCAUUCGCGGGAUUAAAUAACAUCCUUGGAAACCCCUCACGAGGAAGGAUCUCUAAAUAAAACUCACGCUAUUCCAAGGAGCCUCGUCUGCGGCCCCGACUGUGAUCCCUGCUGGCGCAGGAUGCCGUUGAUGGCGGCGGUGACGGAGUGCGCGUGCGUCUUCCCUUCC